UUGAUGGAGAACUCGCCCAGAUAGUGGCCGAUCAUCUCUGGCUUGAUUUCCACCUGGUUGAAGGUCUUGCCAUUGUAAACGCCCACCAUGCUGCCCACCAACUCGGGCAGGAUAAUCAAGUCGCGCAGGGACCAUUGACAUUUAUGGAUGUGGCCAUAGAAUUCUCUCUGGAGGAGUGGCAAUGCCUGGACACUGCACAGCAGAAUUUAUAUAGGAAUGUGAUGUUAGAGAACUACAGAAACCUGGUCUUUCUGGGUAUUGCUGUCUCUAAGCCAGAUCUGAUCACCUUUCUGGACCAAGAAAAAAAGCCCUGGAAUAUAAAGAGACGUGAGAUGGUGCCCAAACCCUCAGUUAUAUGUUCUCAUUUUUCUCAAGACCUUUGGGAAGAGGAGGGCAUAGAAGAUUCUUUCCAAAAAGUGGUUUUGAGAAGAUAUGAAAAAUGUGGACAUGAUAAUUUACAGUUAAAAAUUGAUUGUACCAAUAUGGAUGAGUAUAAGGUGCACAAAGAAGGUUAUAAGAAACUUAACCAGAGUUUGGCAACUACACAAAGCAAAGUAUUUCAAUGUGAUAAAUAUGCAAAAGUCUUUAAUAAAUGUUCAAAUUCAAACAGACAUAAGAUAAGGCAUACUGAAAAUAAACUUUUGAAAUGUAAAGAAUAUGUCAGAUCAUUUUGCAUGCUUUCACACCUAUCUCAACAUAAAGGAAUUUGUACUAGAGAGAAUUUCUUCAAAUGUGAAGAAUGUGGCAAAACCUUUAACUGGUUCUCAACCCUUACUUGUCAUAAAAGAAUUCAUACUGGAGAGAAGCCCUACAAAUGUGAAGAAUGUGGCAAAGCCUUUAGCUGGUCCUCAAACCUUACUAAGCAUAAGAUAAUUCAUACUGGAGAGAAACCCUAUAAAUGUGAAGAAUGUGGCAAAGCUUUUAAACAAUCCUCAACUCUUAUUAUACAUAAGAAAAUUCAUGCUGGAGAGAAAAACUACAAAUGUGAAGAAUGUGGCAAAGCUUUUAAACAACCCUCAACUCUUAUUGUACAUAAGAAAAUUCAUGCUGGAGAGAAACACUACAAAUGUGAAGAAUGUGGCAAAGCCUUUAGGUGGUCUUCAAGCCUUCCUAACCAUAAGAAAAUUCAUACUGGAGAGAAGCCCUACAAAUGUGAAGAAUGUGGCAAAGCCUUUAAUAAGUUCUCAACGCUUACUACACACAAGGCAAUUCAUACUGGAGAGAAACACCACAAAUGUGAAGAAUGUGACAAAGCCUUUAGGUGGUCUUCAAGCCUUACUAAGCAUAAGAGAAUUCAUACUGGAGAGAAGCCCUACAAAUCUGAAGAAUGUGUCAAAACCUUUAACAAGUUCUCAACCUUUACUAUAAACAAGGCAAUUCAUACUGGAAAGAAACACUACAAAUGUGAAGAAUGUGGCAAAGCCUUUAGCUGGCCCUCAAGCCUUACUAAGCAUAAGAUAAUUCAUACUGGCGAGAAACCCUACAAAUGUGAAGAAUGUGGCAAAGCUUUUAGACAAUCCUCAACUCUUACUACACAUAAGAAAAUUCAUGCUGGAGAGAAACACUACAAAUGUGAAGAAUGUGGCAAAGCCUUUACGUGGUCUUCAGGCCUUAUUAAGCAUAAGAUAAUUCAUACUGGAGAGAAACCCUACAAAUGUGAAGAAUGUGGCAAAGCCUUUAACAAGUUCUCAACCCUUACUACACACAAGGCAAUUCAUACAGGAGAAAAGCCCUACAAAUGUGAAGAAUGUGGCAAAGGCUUUAUCAAGUUUUCAACCCUUAAUAUACACAAGGCAAUUCAUACUGGAGAGAAACCCUACAAAUGUGCAGAAUGUGGCAAACCCUUCAACCGAUUAUCAAACCUUACGGAACAUAAGAGAAUUCAUACCGGAGAGAAGUCCUGCAAAUGUAAAGAAUGUGGCAAAGCCUUUAGCCAGUCCUCAAGCCUUGCUAAGCAUAAGAUAAUUCAUACUGGAGAGAAACCCUACAAAUGUGAAGAAUGUGGCAAAGCUUUUAGACAAUCUUCAACUCUUACUACACAUAAGAAAAUUCAUGCUGAAGAGAAGAACUACAAAUGUGAAGAAUGUGGCAAAGCCUUUAGAUGGUCUUCAAGUCUUAUUAAGCAUAAGAUAAUUCAUACUGGAGAGAAACCCUACAAAUGUGAAGAAUGUGGCAAAGCCUUUAACAAGUUCUCAACCCUUACUACACACAAGGCAAUUAUACUGGAGAGAAACACCACAAAUGUGAAGAAUGUGACAAAGCCUUUAGGUGGUCUUCAAGCCUUACCAAGCAUAAGAGAAUUCAUACUUGAGAGAAGCCCUACAAAUGUGAAGAAUGUGGCAAAGCCUUUAACAAGUUCUCAACCCUUACAAUACACAAGGCAGUUCAUACUGGAGAGAAAUACUGCAAAUGUGAAGAAUGUGACAGCCUUCACCUGGGCCUCAAACCUUUCUGAACAUAAGAGAUUUCAUACUGGAGGAGAAACCCUACCAUUGUGAAAAAUGUGGUAAAGACUUCAACUGGUCCUUACACCUUACUACUCAUAAGAUAAUUCAUACUGGAAGGAAAACCCCUACAAAUGUUAAAAAUGUGGUGAAGCUUUUAACUAGUUCUCAACACUUACUGAACAUAAGGGAGUUUAUACAGGACGGAAACCUUACAAAUGUGAAGACUGUGAUAAGUCUUUUAACUGUUCCUCAAUCCUUACUAAACAUAGGUAAUUAAUACUGGAGGGAAUCCAUUCCAGUUUGUGGAAUGUGGCAAAGCCUUUAACCAGUCUGUAAGGAUUAGUACAUAUAAGAAAACUCAUACUGUAGAGAAACCCUACAUAUGUGAAGAAUGUGGGAAAGCCUCUAACAGAUCCUCAAUUUUUAACAGACAUAAGCUAAUUUAUGCUAUAGAGAAACUCUACAAAUCUAAAAAUGUCACAGUGCUUUCGGCAACACCUCAAAUUUCUGAAUACAAAAGAAAUUGUAUGGAUGAGAAAUGCGAAUAAUGUGCCAGUCUUCAAAUGGCUGUCACACUUGAUUGUAGGUAAAAUAUACUGGAGAAAACGACUAAUGUGAAUAACGUGGUAAAACAUUUAGCCAAUGCUCACACCUUAUUGCACAGGAAAGCAUUUCUAUUUGAGAACCAAUGUACAAAUAUAAACAAAGUGUAGGCUAGGCAUAGUGCCUCACACCUGUAAUCCCAGCAUUUUGGGAGCCCAAGACAGAUGGAUCAUUUGAGGUCAAGAGUUCAAAACCAGUCUGGUCAACAUGCUGAAAUUUCAUCUAUACAAAAAAUGCAAAAAAAAUUAGCCAAGCAUGGUGCCAGACACCUGUAAUUCCAGCUACUCAGGAGGUUGAGGCAGGAGACUCACUUGAACCUGGGAGGAAAAGGUUGCAGUGAGCCAAGAUUAUGCCACUGUAUUCCAGCUUGGGCAACAGGGAGAUUAUUAAAAAAAAAAAAAAAAAGAAAGAAAUUGUGAAAGCCAUUAAUACCUUCUCACAUCUUAUUCAACAUCCGAGAAUUAAUACUCAAUAAAAGCAUUAAAAGUGCAGUUACUGUCAGUAGAUCUUUCAGAAAAUAGAAGCCCUAAAAGUGCAAAAGAAUAUUUAUUUUGAAAACAAAUAUAUAAAGAGGAUUAUAGUACCUUUACUUGUAUCACAGAUUUUAUUGUACACAUUUUGUACUAGAGGAAAACCCUGAGGCAGUUGUUCCAACUUUGCUCAAUAUCAGGGAAUUUAUAUUGAAGAAUAACCUUGCAAAUAUAAUAAAUUUGGAAAAACAUUUUUUCAAAAACUACAUAUUAUAAAACACCAGAGUUUAUACUAAAGUAUAUUUUUGCAGAUACUGUAUUUUUAAAAAUUAAUCCAAAACAAGUUUAUGUAAAUAUCAGAAUUUCACAGUAAAAAUAUCUGUCUCUCAAAAUUCAGACAUUACACUAAAUACGACUGCUGAGUAUGGGGGAAAAAAAAACAACUAAAUUUGGUAAAAAAAUUAUUUGUUUAUAACUUUAAAAGACGUAGAUCUUUGAAGAGUAUUAAUUAUAUUUAAAGCAUACUUUUAUCUUGAAAAUACAGAUUUUUUUGGCCAGACACAGUGGCUCACAUCUGUAAGGCUAACACUUGGAGAUGCCAAAGUGGGCAGAUCACCUGACGUCAGGAGUUCAAGACCAGCUUGGCCAACGUGGUGAAACCCCAUCGCUACUAAAAAUGAAUACAAAAAUUAACCAGGCAUUGUGAUGCACACUUGUAAUUCCAGUUAUUUGGGAGGCUGAGGCAUGAGAAUCACUUGAACCUGGGAGGCAGUGGUUGCAGUGAGCCGGGGUUUUGCCACUGCACUACAGGUUGGGUGACAGAGCAAGACUGUCUUAAAAAACAAACAAACAAAACCCAGAUUAUUUGAAAACUGAAUAAUGAUGAAAUUCAACUCUUAAAUUACUUCGUGUUAUUUUUUUCAUUUCUAUUGUAUUCACAUGUAAAAGCAUGCUAUCAAUUCUGCAUCAAAGAUUUGGGAGGCUUUUUUAUUAGGUGGUCAUUAUGAUCUUUCUUAUGGACAAAUAAGAACAUUAAAAUGUAAGAUGCAUGAUGAAAAUCUAAGUAGAAAGGCUGUUUGUGGUUAAUUUAUAGAAUUGAGUGAUGCAUGAGGUAGGCAUUUUGAGUAAUAUUUUGUUUUUUUUUCUUUUUUUUGAGAGGAAAUCUCACCCUGUUUCCCAGGCUGGAGCGCAGUGGCACAUCAGCUCACUGCAGUCUCUUCCUCCCAGAUUCAACCGUUCUCCUGUCUCAGCCUCCCAAGUGAUUGAGGUUACAGGUGCCCACUAUUACUUCUGACUAAUUUUUGUUUUUUAGUAAAAUGAGGUUUUACCAUGUUGGGAGGCUGUUCUUGAACUCCUGACCUCAAGUGGCCUGCUCACCUUAGCCUCCCAAAGUUCUAGGAUUACAGGUGUGAGCCACUGUGCCCAGCCCCAAGUAAUAUUCUAAUCCAUUAUUAUGAAAGAAAAAUCAUUCUUAAUUAUAGUUAAAAUUAAAUCAAAAUUUAGUAUGUCAUUUUACUAAUUGUAAUUUCAUGUGAUAAAACUACAUUUUGAGCCGGGCGCGGUGGCUCACGCCUAUAAUCCUAGCACUUUGGGAGGCCGAGGCAGGUGGAUCACGAGGUCAAGAGAUUGAGACCAUCCUGGUCAACAAGGUGAAACCCCGUCUCUACUAAAAACACAAAAAUUAGCUGGGCAUGGUGGCGCGUGCCUGUAGUCCCAGCUACUCGGGAGGCUGAGGCAGGAGAAUUGCUCGAACCCAGGAGGCAGAGGUUGCAGUGAGCCGAGAUCGUGCCAUUGCACUCCAGUCUGGGUAACAACAGCAAAACUUCGUCUCAAAAAAAAAAAACAAAACUACAUUUUGAAAACAUUUUAGAUUGUGUUAAUUUUUUAAUUCAAUAUUUAUAACAUUAGGCACUGUUGUACAUUCAAAAAAGUGUUAUUGUGCCACUAUUUUUAACCUGUUAUUCCUUACUCAAGUGUGUAUUUAAAAGAUGGUAACGGUACACUGUUUGGCAACAUACUAGACUAACAUCUCUAGUUAAAGCUUCUUUUCCAGUAGCUUUAAACUGCAAAUAAAGAAUAUGGUUUCUGUAAGUCAUAAUAUUUUUAACAUUUUAAUUUAUUUUUCUUAGUUUUUGUGUGUAUAUGUGUAUACAUUUAUGCCAUAUAUGGCAUAUUUUGAUACAGUUAUACAAUAUAUAAUAAUCACAUUAGGGUAAAUAAGGUACCUAUAACCUCUUUCUUUUUUUUUAAUAUAUAUAUUUUAUAUAACCUCUGUCUUUUAUGUUUUGUAUUGAAAACAAUUCAGUUCUACAGUCUUAGUUAUUCCAAGUUGUAUUGUUAAAUUGUUACUGACUACAUGGUCAUUUUUAUAGUCAUCAUAAAAUUUAUAUAAAGGUGAAAACAAAUGUAUUUCUGAGUCCUAAAUAUUUUCAAAAAUUUAUUAUGUAUUUUUUGAAGCAUGUGGCCUCUGCCUUCAAGAACAUUUGGAGUUUUAGUUUUGACUUACGUAGAGUUAAAUAUACACAUCUACUAGUCUAAUAUAACUUAGAUUUAAGGAGUAACUGUGUUUGUGUUAGUAUAAGUUUGCAACUAUUUUCAGAAGAAAAGAGUAAUAUUAAGACAAAACAAAUCAUUUUAAUAAGAUGUCUAAUUUACUAGAAAAGAAAAAUCCUCAAAAAUAGUAAAAGCAAAUAUAUAUUCUUUGUAUUCAAUUUAUUACACUAUCUUCUUUUAGCUUAUCUUUUAGAAUCUUUGCAUGCGCCAUUGCACUCCAGCCUUGGUAACAAGAGCGAAACUCCGUCUCAAAAAAAAAAAAAAAAGAAAGAAAAAUAUUAGAUUCUUAUACAAAGUGUGGCAAAUAUAUAAUUUGCUAGGACAUACAUAUAAAAGUUAAGAGAAUAGCAAUUUUAAAUUUAGUUAUUUAUUAUAUACUCAUAGCACAACAUGGAUUUUCAUGCAGAAUCCUCUAUUGUAAAGUGUGAAUGUUAAAGGUUGUAAAACAUUAAAAUGACCUCUGUAAAUUUGGAAUAUUUAUUUUCCAUAUUAAUGUUACAAUUGGGAGAAAUUUGUUACUCUUACUGUUUAUAAAUUUUUUAAUGGUUUAAAUUUAAUCUACAGUUUAUAUUCUUAGUCACCUAACUGCAGUGAUCUCCUUGUCCAUUUUCUCUGAAAACUUUUGGAGAUAAUGGGAGCUUUUAGAUGAAAACAUGUCCUGUUAGUUUGCAUGCAGACCAGUUUACUGUGUUCACACAGUGGCCAGUCAUGGGAGCAUAAGCAAGGCUGCCCUUUCAGUGUCUUUCAUACUGUUACCGUAAGCACCAGUAACUCUAGGUGCCUCAAGCUUAAAAUAAAAGCCAUAAAGUGUCUGAUGCACUGUGAUGGGUACAGAACUUGCUGUUAAACAUCAAAGUUUCUGUGGUUAUGACUGACAAAUGAGAAAACAGCAAAAAACAAACAUAUUUUCAAAUCUGAUUCAUCUUUUCAAAAAAUUUUUUUGUUCCUUGGGAUUUUAGUUCACAUAUUAAAAGUCACUGCCCAGCAAAUGUUACAGGGCUUUCAGUCUAUAUUUUUUGGUAGUAGUUUCAGAGUUUUAGACCUUACAUUUAAGUAUCUAAUUUAGUUUGUGUAAUAUAUGAUGUGAAUUGAGGUUGAGAUAUUCCUCUGAAUGUGGUUACAAAAUUUUCUCAACACCAUUUAUUGAAGAUACUGCCAUUUCCCUAAGAAAUUGCCACCUCUAUUUAAAAACACUUGGCUGUGAAUACAUUAAUAUAUUUCUGGUCUCCUUUUUUUUCUGUAUUGUCCUGUGUGUCUCUUUUUAUUCAAGUACCAUACUUUUCUUUUUCUGUAGCUUUGUAGUAUCUUUCAAAGUCAGGUAGAGUUAUACCUUCACUUUUUCUACUGCUUGAUUGCUUUGGAUAUUGAGGAUCUUUUGUGGUACCAUAUAAAAAUUUUAGAUGUGUUUUUAAAAAAUGUGUUAUGUAACUGGUAUUUUGAUAGAGCUUGCAUUAUAUCUAUACAUUAUUUUGUAUAAUACAGAUAUUUAAUAAUAUUGUUAAUGCCAAUUUAUAAAGGAGAAAUAAUUUUCCAAUUGUGUAUUAAUGUCUUUGAUUUCAUUUUGAGAUAGUUGUCAGUAUAUAGAUAUGCUGCUGCCACUUAGAUGUUGCUUUUAUAUUCUGCUGGUUUAAUAAAUUUGUUUAUUAGUCAUAAUUUUUAGUAAUAUCUUAGGCCUUUGCUUAAGAUUAUGCAUAGGAUUAAAAAAUAUAUACAGGAAUAAUUUAACAUUUUGUCUGGGUGCUUUGAUUUUAUUUUCUAAUUUCUCUGUCUUGGAUAUUUAGUACUGUGUUUAAUAAGACUGAAGAGAGUGGGCAUUAUUUGUCUUCUUGCUCUUAGAAUAAAACCUUAUAAGUUU